CAUUUGCCCUUCGUGUGUUCUUCCUGCUUUGUGGGAUCAGUGGACUUUUGACUGGAGUUUGGGCUUGGCCUCUCAUGAAGGACAAUGGUGUUUGCUGUCCUGAAGGCUGGACUCAGUUGAAUGAUCGCUGUUACAUCGUCCAGUCUGACCGCAGAAAUUUUUCAGAUGCAGAGAGCAUCUGCAACAUCAUUGGUGGGAAUCUGGCGUCAAUCAGAGACGCUGUGGAAAAUGUUGUCGUUUUUCAACUGGCCCAGUCAGAGAACGAAAUACCAGCCUGGAUUGGACUCCAUAAUGCCUUUGAUGAUGGAAUGCUUUUUUGGACUGAUGGCACAGUCUUUGAUUUUAGCGCCUUGGUCGACCCAUUCUCUCCUGGAGCGAGUUGUGCGGUGAUGGGAACUGCUUUUUGGAGUGCUCAGUCGUGCGGUUUAGAGCUUCCAUUCGUUUGCCUCAGAGAGUCGAGCUGUUACAAGAAGUAGACAUCACUCUCAUCAUCUAAUCAACUUGAAUAACGUUUUUCACUAAUCACAAUGCCAUACUAAACAAUAUCAAAACGUAUUGUUGUCAUUUUUAUCUUCUUCUUUAACACUCUUGUUGAUUUGGAACUUAAAAGAUGAUCUCUCUUCAAAGUAAAGAAACCUAUCAGCAUCAAAAAUGUGUCUCAUCUUCUAUG